GAGAGCUUUAGCGAAGAGAUGCUUGUUGAGGUUGUGUUGUAUUAGUGAGUGUGGAAGUAUGGAUCGAAUUGUGGCUGCCAUGGAGAGGAAAUAUGCUACUUUCACGUAGAAGAUGCACUGGAUUUAUAUCGCACUUUUUUUUCUUUGUUAUGGUGCUCCAUGUCGUGUCUUCGCUGUCUCAAGACGCAAACGAGACAUAGAUGAAGCAUUAGGCCAUGAAGAGGACAAUAAACGUAGGGAGGAAGUUAGUCGGCUUAAGCGCCAGUAUCCAGAGAAUGAAAAGCUUCUAAAUAGCAUACCUAGUCGUUUUUAUAAUGUCAUCUAUCCUUAUCAACUUCGUCAUCAAAGAAAAAUGGGGAUUUCUACCAGAGAUGUGAAUAAGGAUGGGGAACACUUUAAUGAAACAGAAUUCCGAAUAAAAGCAUUCAAUUAUAUAUUACAUCUUCAAUUAAAGCUCAAUACGAAUUUAUUGGCUCCAAAUCUUUAUCUAAAAAAAACUUUACCAGAAGGCCGUGUUUUGGUUUCCCAUCAGAAGAUUGAACAUUGCUAUUAUCAUGGGUUUAUUAAAGACUAUCCAGGAGCCAAAGUUGCCUUUCGCACGUGUAAUGGAAUCAGUGGCGUCAUUCACAUACAAAAUGAGACUUUUGUUAUUCAUCCAUUUUAUGGAGGUGAUUUCUCAAUGAAUCAUCCACAUGUUAUAUUCAAGCACAUGUAUUUUUCAGAAAAGAAAGGGAAGAAUAGUUGUGGUAAUUCUGAUCAUUAUGAAUGGAGUUAUAAAUACUAUAGAAAACCUUCUAGAAUAUCAUUCAUGAAGUACAAGAGAGAUGUACGACUGGUUAACAAAUAUGUGGAAUUAGCUCUCGUCCUUGACCAAGCUAUGUUUGACAGCAGGAACACAAGUGUAACAAGUGUAAUUAAUGAUGCAGUCCAGAUCAUCAACUGUGUAGACAUGUACUUCAGUUCAAUCAACACAGAGAUAUCAAUAGUCUACAUUGAAACAUGGGGUCAUGAUGGUGACCAGAUGGAGGUAGUCAGUAAUGUAAGACAGACUUUGCUUUCCUUCAUGGGAUACGUCUCAAGAAAGCUGUUUAAAGUGGCAAAGGAUGCUACUCACUUGCUGACUGGUCGUUCAUUUGGAGGAAUGGAGGUUGGCAUGGCAGUCCCGGAUACAAUCUGUACUGAAAAAGCUGUUGGUGUCAGUCAGGACAGUAACAUAUAUGAACCCCAUCUGACAGCAAUAACGGUCACCCACAUGCUAGGCCAUAACUUAGGACUGUCUCAUGAUACUUCAGAGGACUGUAAAUGCCAGGAUUGGUGGGGUUGCAUAAUGAGUGCAAGUGUAUUAGGAAAAAAUCAGAUCCAGCCAUAUCAUUUUUCCACCUGUAGUAAAGAGAAAUAUGUGUAUAGUUUGAAGUCUGGGCAUGCUAUCUGUCUUUUAAAUAAACCUAAUCAGUUACAUGAUUUUACUGAUUGUGGAAAUGGUAAAAUAGAAGGAGAGGAGGAAUGUGACUGUGGAAAUUUUGAGGACUGUAAGCAAAAUGACCCAUGCUGUGACCCAAUUACCUGUAAACUAAAAAUGGAGGCAGAAUGUGCUAUGGGUGAUUGUUGUGACAGAUGUAAGCUUCGAGCUGCUGGUCAAGUGUGUAGACCUGUAGCCACAGAAUGUGAUAUUCCUGAGGCUUGUGAUGGUAAAAGUGGUCAGUGUCCACCUAACUUGUACAGAAAAAAUGGUGAUAGCUGUGCAGAUGGAAAUGGCUACUGUUUCCAAGGAAAUUGUCCUACUACAGAUAAACAGUGUAGUUACAUAUGGGGCUAUGGUGGUGUUACUGCGCAGGAUGAAUGUUUUAAGUUCAACAUGCAGGGUAUAAUUAGUGGACAUUGCGGUUCUGAUGGCAAAGGUGGCUUCAUAAGCUGUUCUCCAGACAACAUGCGUUGUGGAUCUCUCCAGUGCCAACGAGGGGCAGCUAGUCCUCUGAUUUCAGGCAUGAAUGCAAACUACACCCGGACCAUAGCUUCAAUUGAAGGCGUUAAGUAUGAAUGCAAGAUCACAAGUGGAACAAUUUCCAAAGAUAUUCCUGACAUGGGUAUGGUAGCAGAUGGCAGCAAAUGUGGUGAAAAUCGGAUCUGUAUCAACCAGUCAUGUGUAGAUGUCAUUACAUACAGAAGUCCUGGAACCUGUCCAACCAACAAUAUAGCUCUAAACUGUUCUGGACAUGGUGUUUGCUCUAAUGUCAACACUUGCCACUGUCAAAAAGGAUGGACAUCACCGGAUUGUAGUCAAAGAGUAAAGGUUUUUGAUAUUGUGACCACCCCUCCACCAGUGCCAACUGAAAAAGAUACAAAAGUACAGAAUAGUUGGAAGAAUAGUACUAGUGGGACCACCAAAUAUGUUGAAAAAGAAGAUUCCUUGAGUGCAUCAUCCCUGGUCAUUGUCCUGGUGUCAGUUGUGGGUGGAGUUUUCAUUUUCUUUGCUCUUCUUGCUACAUGCUAUAGAAGGAAAAGCAAUGGUCCAAAGCAUGAUUCUGCAAAAGGACAAAAUAGUAAAACAAGUGGUCCUGGAUCAGCUCUUGGGAAGGAUGAUGAAGAAUCUUCACAUGAAAAUGUCAGUAGGAUGAUAACUUUUGGAAGUAUGCCUUCAUACAGAGAGGAUAAGCUCCAUGAGAUGAGGCGUCAACAACUGAGAAAGAACACCUCAUGUUCUGAAGGAGAAGAGGUUGAUCUUUUGGAUGAAAUGUCCACGUUUAUUGAACUCUCUCCAAAUAACCUGUCCAAAGUACCUGAAAGAGGAAUCUUGAAGCAUGGUGAUGGAAAGGAAAAAUGGAGUGAUGAAGCCUCUCAAUCAGACAACCAGGACAUUCUUAGCCAAUCUGAUAACCGUGACAGUGAUCAGCUUACAGAAGUUGAACGAAAUCUCAAAAGCAUGAAUGGUUACCAUGAAGAAAUACUGGAAGCACUCCAUUCUGCGUCUUCUCACCGCCCUCAGCCUGAUACUUUGACAAGUCCAUGCCAAGAGCACCUUCCUUCAUUUGGACAGACUGUUGGUGAUUAUGGGUCUUUGCAGUUUAUGAAGAGCAGCAGCCCAGAAGAACAGCUAGAGACAGAGAGUGGAGAUGAAGUGGAGGAAACUGUACCUCCAUGUGGUCCCAUCAGGAUUAGGAAUUUAGAAGAUCUCCUUCGACAACUGGAACACCAGCCUGGGCCUCACACAUCUCCAGAAGGUUCGGAAGACAUUCGUCUGAGCGAGCCCGAGGCUGACCGCCACUAUCACUUGGAUCAUCCUCGACUCUUUAGGCCCACACCUAGAAGUGAGAAUUGCUUUUCUCCUUAUUCAGAAGUUGAAGAAGAUGAAGAGGAAGAUAAUGGGCGAGAAGAGGAAGAGGAGGAUGUCGAUGAGGAUGGCAGUGGUUAUGCAUCACCCACCUUAGUUCGGAGUGCUAGUGAGGAAGCCCUGCCAGUGACUGUGAAAAAAGAUUACAGUUAUGAACGAAAUCUCAAUACUAGGCAACAUGAUGAGAAGGCUCUGAAGAGAGAGACUUGUGAUUAUUUCCCCAGCCCUCCUUCAGAUACAAAUUCCUAUGAAGAAGAAGCCAGUUCUUUUCAUUCCGUACCUCCUGCUAGUCACCGACCAGUUGAGCCACUACCUGCACCUACUUCUUCCACAACUGGGGCACAGCCAAUCUCUGGGGCCAAAAGGAAAACUAAGAAAAAAUUCCCAGAGUACAAGAUCUAGAUGACCACUUGCCUCAAGUAGGAACAAUAUGUUUUGUGGUUGUAGUUACUCCCACAAGAAAAGGUUUAUUCAGUAGCAUGGUAUAAGUAGUGUUGAUUUUAUUGUGUUGUAAUUUGAUGCACUUAAAAUUGAAACUGAUAGAGUCAACUGACAAGGUAUCUUUUUUGUAAUGCCUUAAAUGCCAUAAUUUGUAUCUUGUCAACGUUUCAUAUUUUUACUCGCCAUUCAACUUCAGUCCAGAAUGUUGCUGUUAAGUAAUCCAUAUUUUUCGGUUUUGUUUUUAAGAUAGAGAAUUUCUAUGAAUAGUAAAUUUAAUUUACUUAUAUGUGAAUGUAUUUAUUACCAAAUUCUCCAUAAAAGAAAAAAACUGAAAUUAGUUUCUUGUUUUACAUGCAAUUUUACCACCAGCUGAAAUUUUCCUUAACUAAAAUGUAAGUUUAUGUAUAAACUUUUUAAGCUUUAUGAAAUUCUCGUUUUUAAGUCUCUACUAAUUCUUAUAGAAUUACUUUGGAAAUUACUUCAUAUUAUUUUCAUUUAUCUAAUUAAUCAAAAGACAAUACAUCCUGUCUUAGGUUAAUAAUAAUAAUAUUUUGUGAACAACUAUCCCUAACCAUUUUUAAAAUGUCAUUACUUUUUUUUUAAUUUUAACAUUUACAUUAUGAUUUUUAAAACUUACUUUAGUAAUUUUUUGAAGAUUAGCAGUAUUUGUAGUAAAGUUUGUCGUAUUUACCUGGAAGGUAAUUGGUAAGAAAAUUCUAGUCAUGUGUUUUUUGGGGACGUGGGCACAACAGAUAGUUAAACUUCUUGCUCAAUGGGAGGUGCACUAAUAUUACAAGAUAUGUUCAAAAAGAAUGCAAACAUUGUAUUGUACAUCUUUACCUCUCACCCAUGUAUCGACAAAAAAUAUUACAGCUGUAUCAACAUACUUUCAACUAAAAAAUGAGGUUUAGAAAUUCUCGUUUGACUUUAUUUUAACAAAUGAUUUUAACCAAUACAAAUAUGAAGUAUUUCUAAGAUUCAAUCUGUACAGAAUUGUUAACAAUUAGCAGUGUUUCAUUAAUUAUGUAGUAAAAUCAUGUGGAGGGGGUUAUACAACUAAAUAUCUAGAAUGAGUUGAGAAGUAUUUCCAUAAUUUUAGUCAGAUUUAUCUCGUAAUACUUUCUGAAUGGCAAGUAAAAUAAUAAGAAAGACAUCACUUUACUCGAUGUCUGAUGUUCUACAGGAUUUACUAUGAAGAAUUUCCUAGUCAACGUUUUAUUAAUACGUGAUGUAAACCAGUUUUGAAAGGAUUGGUUUAUCCAAAAUGAUCAGUUAUUUCUGAAAGGCUGAUACUACUUAAAAUAUAUAUUGUCCUCAUUAAAAAUUAAUUAGUCCCAUAAAAAUUACUUUUUUGAAGGAUUUGUUUUAUCGUAAAUGGUCAGUAUCAUAAUGAGCAUUUCAGUAUUGUAUGCUGUCAACCAGUUAUUGAAAAUUUACUGUAUUAGAUACAAUUCCUAAUUAAUAUUUAACUUAAAAAAAUACUAAAAAUUUGGAGAACUGGUCAGCUGCUUGAUUAACCUGUGAUUGUAAAAUUCUCUGAUUUGAUUUAGAAACUUUGGGCAAUCGUAUUUUAUGUGUUGAUAACUGGUGUUACACUACUUAAAAUAAUUCCAAACUUUACUGUCUGGGUUUUUAUAUGUAUUUUUUAUAGUUUACUUUGUUAUUAAUCUUCCAAUUAACAUUUCAUUACUAUCUUAAUAUAAACCUAGAAAUGUUUAGUUGACUAAUUACCACCUUUUGCUGUCUCAACUAAAUGUUUCUGAAAGAAUCAUAAGACUAAAGGUUAUCAGUUUCGAAUGCCUUUUUUUGUAGUCUAGUCUAAACAUUUCUGAAUGGUUUAGUUGAUUAGAGGUAAUCAGCCUCUCAAUUAUCUGUCUAUUAUAAUUCAGCAUAAACUUUACUGAAGGUAAUCAGUCUCCUAAUUAAUAUUUUAUCACAGUCUGGCGUAAACAUUCCGAAAGGUUUGGUAGACUAUAGAUGAUCAGUCUCCUAAUUAAUAUUUCAUCAUAAUCUGAUGUAAACUUUUCUGAAAGAUUUAGUUAACUGGGGAUGAUCAGUCUCCUAAUUAGAAUUUAAUUACUAUUUUAUGUAAACAUUUUUAAAGGUGUAAUAAGAAUUAUGAAUAUCCUAAUUAUCAUUUUAUCACUAUUUUAAGUCAGCCCAUUAAUGUUAGUAGGAAGUCACGUGAUUUUAUUAAGAAACAACUUGAUUCCAGUGCUUCUGUGUGGUAGACUUGUUUAAACUGUGAAAAUCUGUACAUUAGUAUUUGGUGGCUGUGAUUGAUUUGAGCUUUGAAAUAAAAGUUUGGAAGUUUGUAUACGGUAUUAGUAUAUUGAAGUACUAAAGCAUUUCAUAAUUUCCAUGUUCCUUAUAAGUGUUAGACUAAAAUUGACAGUUGGAUAAAAUACUCAUGACAUAUAGGCAGUCUUUAUAAUAUAUUGUAAAGCUUUUUUGUAAUACUUUUCAGGGUUUUAUUUUUCGUUUUUUAAUUAAUCUUGUUUGCAGUGCAUCACUGGUAGAGUGUAAGCAUUUUGUAUAGUAAGUACCAUUGCCAUCAUUCUGUCUUCUUGUACUUCAUGCUCACAUGAUCACCAUUUGAUACUAGAUUGUCACAUUCACUUCAGGAGCCUCCCUGUAGCCUUAGAUUUCUGAACCCAACAGAAAAGUUAGCCUUUUAUACUAAGCUUAAAGAAAUUCCAGGAUAAAGCAAUUUUCCAUUAGCUAUCUAUCAGUCCUCGUGGUUUUUUCAUCUUUAAAAAAAAAAACAGAAAAGAAGUCUACCACUUUGUUUACCAGUUACAUCUAUAAAACUGAAUAAAAAAAGCUAAAGAAUGAAAUUUUGACUAUAAUACUGCUGUUAAAACAACUUCUGACUUUACAACCCGUUAUGUAAGUGAAUGUUCAUUCUGUCACCAAAUUGUCAGUGAAAGCUUGUAAUGUCAUGUGAUUGUUGGUUGCAGAAAUAGAUGGCUAUGAGAGGUCACUCAAGGCAGCUAAUUUUUUACCUUUACUUUUCCUAGUCCUUGGAUUGUGUGUGAAUGUUCUUGUUGUGUCCAGUUCACCUCUCCCCUUGCUGCAGACAAAUUUUUCUGUAAGUGAUGGUUAAAUAAAAAUUGUUUUGUUCAGGUCAAAUGCUACUCUUCAGAGUUGAUUUUCUUUAAAAAAAAAACUUUCUUUUGCUUCGUACUAAGCAAAAACAUAACAUUCCAAACCAUAGAGCUAUAGCAAAAACCUUUGUCAUUUUAACAGUAAUAGUACACAACAAGAUUGUCUCUAUCUCACUAAAUCAAUACAUGCAUUAAUUAAAAGAAUGUUGUUUUAUAGAAGUUCCAGCAUACAAGUCUCUUUUUUUAUGUUUAACUUUCUGAAGAUAAUAACCAACAGAAGAAGUACAAAUAUUGAGUAACUUGAUUUAGUUUAGUUGUAUUGUACAGAAUAUAAAAUUGAACAUAAUAGCUUACCAGAUGGUUUCAUAUAUUUAGAAUGUUAUUGGAGCCAUUUACUGAGCUUUCAUUGUCCACGAGACAUUGUUAAAUAGAAUUAUAUUGUUGUGUAUACUGGUGUUGUGCUUUUUCACAAAUACUGGUUCUUAACAUGUAUCUUACAAGUUCUAUUCCUUAUGUUUAGUUUCAUUAUUUUAAAUUAUUUCUAAUUUGAUUUAUUGUUAAUCAUUUUAUUAUAAUGCUUAUUCUUAGCUUGGUAUAUUGAUUUAGGACUAACCUAAGCCUCCUGGGCUAGUCAAACCUUGCGAGAUAUUAUUGAGUUUAUGGCCAGAAAUAUAUUUUUAACAACAAAGGUACUCAACUGAUGAAAUAAUGCAUUCCAAUUGUUAUAAGUCAUAUAGUUUGAAUAAGCUAUGUUAAUUACUAGGUAUAUAUUUUUAGUUCUGUUCUAUGUAGAUAGCUUUAUUGAAAUGUUUAAUAUAUAUAUAUAUAUUUAUUGUGAAAUUAUUAAUAGAAAACCAGACAAAUAUUGAAAUGCCAGGAUCAGUUAAUAUACUUUAGAUAGUUUAAAGUCAUGCAGUGGAAUUUUUUGGUUAGUGUUUAUCUUUUAGUCUUGGCUGUGAGAUGUGACUGUCUUCUUAGUACUGCAUAUCAGUUUUACAAGUAUGGGUGUGUAGUAUUUCAUGUAGUUUUGGCCAUUAAUGUAAAAUAUCGUAAUAUUUUUACAAAGGGAGCAUGUCCAAAUGAACAUACUUUUUUAAAGGGCUCAGGUAUCCAUGAGAUUACAGUGAUUUUCUAAUUUGAGUAGUCUCUUCUGUUCUGUAGACGUAAUUUAUCUGUCGAUACCACAGAAUCAAAAUGGAUAUGUAAAAUCAAGUACAUACCCACUAAGUUGUGAUCUGUUUUUAUUUUAAGAGCGAGAUAAAAUUCAUUUUGGUUAUGUAUUCUCCGAGUUAGUAUUAUUCACCAGCUGUCUUCUGGAAUGUGCUUUGGUAGGCACCAUAACUUAAAAAUAUUGCUAGCUGUGACCUAAUUCCUAUUGGAGAAGGUGAAAUCCUCUUGUUUGUGAAGUUAGUGAGCAUACACGACUUUGGUGAUGUAGUUACAUAAAUGUAUAUUGUGAAGAGCUGCUUGACACGUACUUCUUAACUGAAUGAGAUGUUUGUAUACAUAUAUCAGGUGGAUUAAGUGGACACGUUCCCAAUUUACCCUGUUAAGGUCUUUCCAUAGAAACAAGAGGAGUAACUUGACACAAAUUUCUUAAUCCAAUGAGAUGUUUAAAUAAAUAUAUUAACUUUACAAUGCUAAGGUCUUUACACAAAAAUACUAGAAGGAGUUGUUUGACACGCACUUCUUUUUCUUGACUUGUCCACCUAUCCUUAUAUGGUUCUUAUCAAAUGCUGAGCACAGCAAGGUCUUUCAUGCAUGGGACCUGGAGUUGUGAGCAGACAGUAAAUGUUGUAUCAUCUGCCUUUCACUGUAGUCGCAAACAGUGAGUCUGCUGGAGUACCCCCAUUUCACCAUGUUGGCCUUAAACCUGCUGACCUGGAAACACAUGCGAUUGAGGGCUUUCCAGGUACUCCAGCCCUUUUCUGCUGUUCUUAAGAUGCUCAACUGGUGUGUGUGAAAGCUCUUGGAGGUGGAGUCUUCAUAAUUUUUCACGUGUAGUCUCUGCCAUAAUGUCCAGUGGUUCAGUCCAACUGCAGAAAAUCGUUUGUGAUAUCAGGCACUUCAUUACUUCCACAUGGCUAAGUAAAGGAUGUCUAUUAUCUUGUGUCUGCUGAGUUUGCUUUGCUCUACUGGCAAAUGCUCUCCUGAUGUCUGGUGUGGCAAUUUAAGACAACAAAUACAGGCUGUUUGUAUUAGAUGGCUUUAGGCAACCUGUGAUGAUUCAACAGCUGUCGUUCAGCAUGGAGUCAAGAUUUUUGGCAUGAUUUGAUUGUUCACAAACCCGACAGGUGUGUUCAGCACAGGAGUACCAGAGUGCAAGUGCAGAUAUCCUGAUGGUUGUUGGAUCAGUCCUCCAAUUCAUGUUAGUGAGUUUCCUGAUGAUUUUAUUCUGAGAGCUUACUUUGGUUUUGGUCUUUCUGAUGUGUUCAAAAGUUACUCCCAGGUACACUGGACAUUAGCAGAAGUCCAGUUGUGUGGCAUUCCAUUUGAUGUUCAGCUGGCUGUUUACAUCUUGGUUUUGCGGGCAAGGGAGGUUGACCCGCAUCUUCCCAGGGUUUGGACAGACCUGGUUGGUAGAGUAGUAUUUGGUCAGCCCAGCUAGUGCUUCGGACAAGGUUUCUUUGAUUUGGAUGAAGUUGCUGGCUUGCAUGGUGAUAUCAAGAUCAGUGGAGUAAGUGAAACUACACGUCAUUAGCAUAAAUAAUGAACACGGUAAAAGCUAGGAUACUCCUUUGUGAUAGACUGUUCCACUUUCUUCCUAGUUCAACAUACAAAUGUUUUUUGGUUUUGUUAGGUUCUAGAUCACGCUAGUGAGUUGGUGAUCUUUCAGAGAAGUCUACGUAAGUUCACCUUGUGAUUUGCUAGUGAAAGGUCAACAAAUACAGCACCAGUUAUUUUUUGUGUUGACUCAUUGUUUUCAUCCUCUGGUAACCUUGUCGAUUAUGUCAUUGUUAAGAAGAAGGGGAGACUUGAAGUUGCCCACUGUCAGUACACAUAUAAUAGAAUGUACAGUACAAUGAACUGAGCCUGUGUAUAUUCAAUGGUAAUCAGCUAGCUAUACAUCCAAAAUGAAUUUCAGUGAGGUGGUGAGUAAAGUUCGUUUUUGUUACAAUGCUUAUGGACAAAUCAAUAUCCAUUAUUUUUUUGUAUUUCUGUGAAAAACAUGGUUUAGUUUGAAGUACUCUUCCUAGAAACUUCUAGUUAUUUACCCAUAAAAAGAUAUCAAAAUUCUAUAAAACAAAAGGUUUUAGACAUAAUAAACACAGAUAAUUAAGAAUGAGAAAUCUCUUAUCUUGAUCCUGUUCUGAUUCAAUUAUAAACCUAAUUCUAAGUACAUUUCAUCUGAGAUUUUACACAGUAGCUAUUUAUUAUAUCUGUUUUAAGGGUGUGUGUUUCAUGUACUCUGGGCCUGUAAUAUUGAAUAAACUGUUAUUAUUUCACAUUACUUUA